GCUGGCGCUCAGCAAGGCCACGCGGAAGGUCGGGCCCAGGAAAGCUGGGCCCCAACAUGGCCACCCGGCCGUCCACAGAGCGGGCCGAGGAAACCUCCGCCUCCACUUCCGGAAUUUGAAUAGGUUUCCGGAAGCCAGGACGGUGUCUCCAUGACAACCGACGUUGGGGCUUGAGGUGCGCUGCUUGAGGACUAGCAGAGAAAGUGUCCGGAAGUCGGCGCCUUGUUGUUGUUUGGAUUUUGGCUUCUUGCCAAGGCAGCCCCGUUGUUAAAGCGGAUUCGGGGAGGCGAGGGGGCGUGCCCUGGGGCAAAGGGAGCGCGGCGGGCGGCGGCAUCCCGGCUCCACUCCCCUGCCCGCUGGCCGGUGACCUGAACUCUGACCUGCAGGAUGGGGAUCAUGCUUUCCCGCCUUGCAGAGGAGCUGCAGGGUUCGAGGGAGCUGCCUCGGUGCUGGCUCUUGUCUUAGAGUAAAAGAAACAGCUCUGAUUCUUCUCCCUGGGCGCUGGGCGAGUCGGGUGCUGUCUGGGGGACGUGGAAUGUGCCCUCGGAGGCCGAGAGCAGAGGAAGAUGCUGCAGGCCAGCGGCUACAGCCUGGUGCUCUCCCUGCAGCUCCUGCUGCUGACCUAUGACCUCUUUGUCAAUUCCUUCUCGGAGCUGCUCCGCGCGGCGCCCGUCAUCCAGCUGGUGCUGUUCAUCAUCCAGGACAUCGCGAUCCUCUUCAACAUCAUCAUCAUCUUCCUCAUGUUCUUCAACACGUUCGUCUUCCAGGCCGGCCUGGUCAGCCUUCUGUUCCAUAAGUUCAAGGGGACCAUCGUCCUGACAGCCGUGUACUUCGCCCUCAGCAUCGCCCUCCACGUCUGGGUCAUGAACUUACGCUGGAAAGACUCCAACCGCUUUGUCUGGACAGAGGGGCUUCAAACACUGUUUGUGUCCCAGAGGCUAGCGGCGGUGUUAUACUGUUACUUCUACAAACGCACGGCCGUGAGACUGGGCGACCCUCGCUUCUACCAGGACUCCGUGUGGCUGCGCAAGGAGUUCACGCAAGUCCGAAGGUGACGCGUCACACUGAUGGGUGCCUCCUGCCUGGCAGGGGCCACAUGGGGAUCUGCGAGGGGGACGAUGGCCCCGGGCCCAGGACGCAGCCGACAGGCUCAGGCCAGUUGUGUCCCGCAGCCGAGAAGCAAGAUCCUCCCUCUUGCAAACUCAGGUUCCGGUGCAGACUCCAGGCCAUGCAUAGCCCCCCAGCCCCUCUCGGCUCUGCCCGCCCCUCCCCCCUCUGCUCACAGGGCCCUCGGCUUUAUCCGUGGGAACUCCCCGCAUCUGCGCUCUGCUCCACAUCCUAAGGACCAGGCGACACAAAGACAAAGAGGGGUGUUUCUGUGCUGCUGACUGACCACGCCUGGGACGUUGAGAUUCUGUGCCCAAGGCCCUUUCUGUUUCUUACGUUUUAUAAAUAGGGAAUAAAUGGAAGUGUUUCCAGAA